AUUUGUAAACGAUUAAUCAUAAUGUUGUGCUGUAUAAUUGAAGAUGGCCUCUCCAUUUUUCUGAAGAAGACAUGUACAACUGAUGUCAUGUUCUUUUCUGAUGAUGCAUUCUGGAAGGAUUGCUGUUCAGGUACAAGAUGUACACAUCAGUGCUUUCUUAUUUUCUUAGUUUAGUGGAUCACACAUGUCUCAUCUUGCAGUGUUUCCUUGAAUAAAAGUGCAUUUUUGUAUUGCAUAGAAACUGAAGACACGUGGUGCAUGAGUUACUCCAUGCAUGCGUCACGUGACAUAAUUGCCUGGUCUGAGAAAUGAAACUACUACGUGUACUGAUUAUAUGUGUACGAUGUAUCAGUAGAAGUUUCCAUGGGCCUAUCUAUUUGUUCGGUGAAAUCUUCCUGUGAGCAACCUACAAAACCGUAAACCCUACUUCCACCUUACCAUCUUUGGGAGCGCAUAUAUACGCGUACAAUCGUACACACGCAUCUCUCUCCUCUCUGCACUGUAGACAGCGCCGGGCGACAUGACCGGCGGCGUGAACGGCAACGGCGGAGGAGGAGGCGGCAACGGCGGGGCGUGCGCGGUGUGCAAGCACCAGCGGCGCAAGUGCGAGCCCAACUGCGAGCUGGCCACCUACUUCCCGGCCAACAGGAUGAACGACUUCCGCGCGCUGCACCUCGUCUUCGGGGUGGCCAACCUCACCAAGCUCAUCAAGGCCAACGCCACCGAGGCGGCGCGGCGGCGCGCCGCCGAGACGCUGACGUGGGAGGCGCGGUGGCGCGAGCGCGACCCCUCCGAGGGGUGCUACCGCGAGGUCUCCUGCCUCCGCCGCGAGAACGCUGUGCUGCGCGCCGAGAACGCCGCGCUCAGGCGCCGGGCCGACCAGUGCGCGUGCUGCGCCACCACGUUGCAGCAGCAGCAGCAGCAGCAGAUACUGCUCGUCUCGGCUUACAACAACGGCGCCCGGCCCCCCGGCGGCGUGCUGCACGGCGCCAGCGCCGGGGUCGUGCCCGGCGGCUUCUACAGCGGCAAUGCCGGCGCCGUCCGUGCCGCCAAUGGCAACGGGGCGAUGCCCGCGCGGCCUCACGUGUCAGCUCCGGCGCCGCAGACGACGAUGGCCGGGUACGCGCAGGGGGAUCGCCACCACGCCGCGUCCGGCGGAGCGAACGGCACCGGCGCAGCUGGUCAGGCGGAGCCCAGGGAGAAGAGCAGCGCGAGGUAAGUUGAGGACGCUUCUCAUUAAUUCUUCCGUUGAGGUGGAGGUUUGCAUUGCAUGGUGGAUAUAUAUGGGGUUCUUCUACGCGUCGUGUUUUGUAAAUGCAGGUGUGACGCUCAGCGCACAGCUAGCUAGCAGUGGGCAGUGAGAGAAGAUGAAGGCCCCAAACCCUAGGGUGACUACAGAAAUUCAACUGUUUCCUAUGAAAUUCAUGUCCUAAGUAGGAACAAGCCCUAAGUAUUGGUUUUGGAAUAAAAAGUAGGUUUACUUCAUCUUUUUUUUGUGUGUGUGUGUUUCUCUUCUGCUUGAGCAGGAUAUCUAAAGUUCAAAGUGUAAAAACUCAGCUUUGUAUAACUGGUGAUUCAUUUAAUUAGAAGCCAGAAGAUGAUACAUGCAUUUUAGAGAUUAUUUCAAGCUAUGCUUGUUGAUUUAAGCAGCUGGUCAUCCUGCUGCAAAUCUAGAACCUCAGUUGCAUUCAGUAUUACCCAUUCAGGAAAAGCACAUGAACUGGAGUAGUACGCCUCACAAGUCACAAAUAUAGGGAUUAAAAACACAGGAACAGUUAGAGUAGCUUGGAGGGACAGAAGGAGAAGCAUUGCUUUGA